GACCAAUCUGGCUAAGGAUCAAACUUUGUGGGCCCUGGCGUUGAAACUAUAAAUGGGCCGCAAUCGCGGCCCCAGCCCAAGCCCAAUACUUGUGGCCGGAAAUUGAAGAAAACCGCCACGUUCAAAUCAAUCCUUUUGUUGACUUUUACAGUUUUAUUCUCUUCAAUCUUCAUCAUCGGUCCGGGACAAUACAAAGAAAAAGCAAAAGCAAACCAAAGCUUGUUAUUCAAUUUCCAUCGCGGCCAUACGACGGAUCAAACCGGGGCGAUGAGCUUCCUCAACGCACCACGUCAUCAGCCGGACGCCCUUCCUCGGCAGCGGCAGCCACCCGACGAUCCCGACCGGUAUAAUCCCCGACCCCUGAAUCGGGACCACGUUCGCCGGCGGGCCCCACCCGUAGUCAACGCCGUUGAACCCCAGCCUCCCCCACUCCGAUAUGAACAGAGUCGUGUACACCAGCGGCGGCGCAAAAGGAUCUUCUUCCCCUUCCUCUCCCUUCACGUAUUUCUCAAACUCCGCCCUCAACCUCCCCUUCGCUUCCUGAAUCAAUUCGAUCGCUCCGGCCACCGCCCCCGCCGCCAGUGCGCCGAUCGAGGCGGUCACCUUCACCGGGAAGAAGCAGUUCCCGUAGAAACCGUCGGGGAGCGGGGGCUCCACCAGCUGGCGGCAGUUCGCGAAGAAGACGAGCUGCACCUCCACGCUCGGAUCCAGAUCUAUCGCGGCGGAUCUGUGCUUCCAGAGGCUGGCGGCGACGGCCUCGAAGGUGGAGCAGGUUUUCCCACCCGUGGAGGCGUGGAAUUGAAUUUUGGCGCGGUUGAUUUCGUCGAUUGGGAUGUCGAUGUUGGCCUGCUGCAGGUUGUAAUUAGGGAUUGGGGGGAGAGGCGGCGGCGGGGCGAGUGAGGCGGAUGAGGGAUUGGGUUUCUGUGGGAAGAAGUCUCGGCGCCAGACAGGGGCGGCGGAGAGGCGGUCGGAGUCGAUCCCUCUGGCGAUCUCGCCUACGGCGCUCAGGAACUGGGCGGCGCCGAGGCCGUCGCAGAUGGCGUGGCAGAAUAUGAGCCCGAUCACGAAUCCGCCGCAGGCGAACUUGGUGACCUACACCUGAACAAGGGGCUCCCGUCCCCUCGCUCCCUGUUCAGCUCCGCCGUCGGGGAGCAGACGAUCAUAAGGAAUGGACUCGACAUUGUCGUCGAAGCAAUUGACAUCGUCGAGAGUGACGGAACCGUCGGCGGACGCCUCGACGAACCACACUCCUUCCGCCGAGCAAUCGACCAGGAGGGUUUCCAGCUGUUCGAGCCUUCCGGCGAGAGGGUAGUAAGUGACGAGCGCCUUCGACAGGGCUUCUCGAAUGACGGCGGCGGCUUCGGCGCCGCCACGUCUGAACACGUGGAGGGUACGUGCGUUGCAUCGGAGCACGGGCAGGCUGUCUAUGAAGGAGAGGUCGAGACGCCCGGAAGGUGUUCGGCGAAAUGGCUGAACCAGAGUGCGAGCGUGCCUUGUCACGGUUCUCAUGAAUUGAUUGGGCACAAAGUCAAUGGACAGUUGGAAAUCAGGUUGGCAUUCUUGGCUUCGAAUGAGGACAAUUAGGUCUCUUCUGCUCGUGUUCCUCUUGUUUAGACUAUUCCCUGGUGGCCACAGUGGAAAUGGUACCUCCAGGCCUGCUGUAGUAAACAUUGGAGCCCUUUUCACAUUUGAGUCCUCAAUUGGAAGAGUUGCUAAGAUUGCCAUCGAGGAAGCUGUCAAAGAUGUGAAUGCAAAUUCAAGCAUCUUACCUGGAACUACUCUGAAAGUGCAGAUGCAGAACACUAACUGCAGUGGGUUCGUUGGCAUGGUUGAAGCGCUGCAAUUCAUGGAGACUGAUACCAUCGCCAUCAUUGGUCCACAGUCUUCUGUAGUCGCCCAUAUCAUAUCUCAUGUGGCAAACGAGCUUCAAGUACCCCUCCUCUCAUUUGCAGCAACUGACCCAACUCUCGAUUCGCUUCAGUUCCCCUUCUUCGUCAGAACGACACAUAGUGAUGCUUACCAAAUGGCUGCAGUGGCCGAGAUGGUGGACUACUAUAACUGGAAGCAAGUAACUGCUAUCUACAUCGACGAUGACUAUGGACGAAAUGGCCUUUCAGCUCUAGGUGAUAAGCUUGCUGAGAGGCGCUGCAAAAUCUCCUACAAAGUGGGAAUCCCUCCUGAAUCUGGUGCUAACUCAAGUGACACAAUGGACCUUCUUGUCAAGGUGGCAAUGAUGGAAUCUCGGGUCAUUGUUCUUCAUGUCUAUCCUCAAAAGGGCUUCGAGAUCUUCUCUAUGGCGAAUUAUUUGGGAAUGAUGGGGAAUGGUUAUGUAUGGAUAGCAACAGAUUGGCUUUCGUCUGUGCUCGAUUCUACACCACUUGAUUCUGAUACUAUGGAGAAGAUACAAGGAGCCCUUGUGCUCCGCCAGCAUACUGCAGAUUCAGAUCGAAAGAAGGCAUUCGUCUCUAGGUGGAACAGUGGUGGUUUUCCUGGUCUGAACUCUUAUGGCCUGUUUGCUUAUGAUUCCGUGUGGCUUGUCGCUCAAGCCAUCGAUAAGUUCUUCAACCAAGGUGGGGUCAUCUCAUUUUCUAAUGACUCAAGGUUGAGUACAGGAGGAGACAGUAACCUUCACUUGGAUGCAAUGAGCAUUUUCAAUGAUGGGAAGCUUCUCCUGGGGAACAUACUGCAGGGCGAUGUUGUUGGUUUGACGGGUCGUAUUAAAUUCGAACCAGAUCGAUCUCUGACCCUUCCAGCUUAUGAUGUGAUUAAUGUGGUUGGUACUGGGUUUAGAAGGGUUGGUUACUGGUCAAAUUAUUCUGGUUUGUCAACUGUGACUCCUGAGACACUUUACAUGAGUCCACCGAAUCGUUCUAGUGCUGACCAGCAGCUGUAUAGUGUGAUUUGGCCCGGUGAGACAUCGGUAAAGCCUCGUGGAUGGGUUUUCCCUAACAAUGGGAAGCAAUUGAGGAUUGGUGUGCCUAUUCGAGUUAGCUUCAAGGAGUUUGUGUCGCCAGUCAGAGGAACACCUGACAAGUUCCAAGGGUUUUGUAUAGACGUUUUCACUGCUGCUGUGAACUUGUUGCAGUAUCCUGUUCCUUAUCAGUUUGUUCCUGUUGGAGAUGGGAAGAAGAACCCCAGCUACAUGGAUAUAGUGAAUUCAGUCUACAACGGAGUUCUUGAUGCUGCUAUUGGUGACAUUGCCAUUGUUACUAACAGAACAAAGAUAGUAGACUUUUCACAGCCUUACGUGGCAUCUGGGCUGGUUGUGGUGGUUCCAUUCAGGAAGAUGAACACAGGGGCAUGGGCUUUCCUUAGACCCUUUAGUCCCCUCAUGUGGAUCGUCACUGGUUGUUUCUUCCUUGCUGUUGGCAUUGUUGUGUGGGUACUGGAGCACAGGAUCAAUGACGAAUUCAGAGGUCCUCCGAAAAGACAGAUGAUUACUGUUUUAUGGUUCAGCCUCUCAACUUUGUUUUUUGCCCACAGUGAAGAACACUGUGAGCGCUCUUGGACGGAUGGUGCUACUAAUAUGGCUCUUUGUGGUUCUCAUAAUCAACUCCAGCUACACAGCAAGCCUCACAUCAAUCCUCACAGUACAACAGCUCUUUUCUCCAAUCAAAGGAAUCGAAAGCUUGAAGGAAGGCAAUGACCCUAUAGGAUAUCAAACAGGUUCCUUUGCUGAAUAUUAUCUGGGAGAGGAGCUACGCAUACCAAAGUCUCGGCUGAUUGAACUUGGAUCACCUGAAGAAUAUGCUGCAGCCCUCCAAAAGGGUCCCAAGAAUGGAGGAGUUGCUGCAAUUGUCGAUGAACUCCCCUAUGUGGAACUCUUCCUAGCAUCUCAGUGCACGUUCCGAAUCGUGGGUCAAGAGUUUACCAAAAGUGGUUGGGGAUUUGCAUUUCCGCGAGACUCCCCUCUGGCUGUUGACAUAUCAACCGCGAUCCUGGAGCUAUCGGAGAACGGGGAUCUCCAAAGGAUCCAUGAUAAGUGGCUGGCGGGGUCCAGUUGCAGCUCGGAGACUUCAGAGAUCGAAUCAGACAGGCUCCAUCUCAAGAGCUUCAUUGGUCUUUUCUUGAUAUGUGGGGUGGCAUGCUUUGUAGCUCUUGUCAUAUACUUUGUGCAGGUUAUCAGGAAACUUUAUAGAAGUGAGCCUAAUGAAGCUAUAGAGUCUGGUCAGGGGAGCUCGUCCCGUUCUCGGAGUAUUCAUCGUCUGCUGUCGAUAAUGGAUGAGAAGAAAGACACUUCCAAGAAGGGUAGGGGUAGCAAGAGGAGGAAGUUGGAGACUUCACUUUCUGAUAGUAGCAGGGUGGGUGAGUUUGAGAAGAAUGAGAGGAGAGAAGUAGAAAUGGAGAUACCGAGAAGGAACAUGAAUGGGAAUGGGAUUAAUCCCGAGUAAGAGUAAGAGUAAGAGUUGAUCAUUGUGUAAAUCAACAAAAAAGAAAAGAUAUGUAUUGCUUUUGUAGAGAAAUUUGUAUUGAAGGGUCUCAAAGAGGAGGCUGCUCAUCAUUAUGAUUGUGUAAGAAAUUGGUAACAUAAUGGAAGGUUAGGUCACAAUCUUGGUAGGG